AUGGCUCAGGAAAAUACCUCCAGUCUCCGCCGGCUGCUUCGGAUUCUUGAGGAAUCCCGCAACGUAAAGUUGAGCUUUGAAGAGAUAUCCUUAGUUGCAUCAGGGCACAGUCUCCUCGCGGAACUGACAGGCACUAUUGAGCAUCUGCAAUCCAAUGGAAAACAAAGAGAGAGCAACGCCUUGACCAGUGUUCUUGAAAUUUGCAAUCAGCCGACUGAUCUCGGAGGACUGGGGCUGUCACGAAACGCUGCUCUAACGACAGAACAAGUGGCCGAAAUCCUGUUCUUGGUGUCUGCUUGGCUGGAGGCUCUCAACUCGGCAGAUCGGGCAAAGGUACCGCCAAGUCCACUGUCCCGCCGCCCCAGAGGUCGGCGUGGGAUGACCUUGGGCGAGAAAAUUCUUGCCAUGCAUGAUAUUGACCAGAAGGGGUCUGUAACUCCUGGCCAACUGAUCAGGGUUGACGUUGACUGGGUGAUUGCAUCCGAGGCAUCGUGGGCGGGCAUGGAAUCAACAUAUAAUCGAUUGGGGAAGCCAGGGAUCUUUCGCAAUGAUCGUUUCUGGCUUGCAGGGGAUCACGUCGUAGAUCCACGGGUCAACAAUAACCCCAAAGUGCAAUCGUUGAUCGAUGCCAGUGAGAGGGCCAAGCGAGUUUUCAAAAUGACAGACUAUCAAGGCAUGAAUUAUACGAUUUUGCACACCGAAUUCUACAGAGAGCGGGCACAGCCCGGGAUGUUGAUCAUUGGAUCUGAUUCGCAUACAUGCUCUUCUGGGGCGCUAGGAUGUCUGGCCGUUGGACUAGGUGCUGCAGACGUUACAUUGCCUCUGGUGACUGGAGAGACUUGGUUCAAAGUUCCCGAAUCAGUCAACAUUCGGCUGAUCGGAACUCCAAAGCCCGGGAUUGGAGGCAAAGACGUGAUUCUAUACAUUCUACAACAGCUGAAGAGGAAUACAGUUGCUUCUGAGCGCAUCGUGGAGUUCACAGGGCCCGGAGUUAGAUAUCUGUCCUCUGAUGCUCGGUUUGCUAUUUCCAACAUGACCACGGAAUUCGGGGGAAUAACUGGAGUCUUUGUUCCCGAUCAAAUCACGCACGAUUUCAUUAAGAAGCGACGACUUGCUCGGCACAAAAGUGACAUUAACUACUUUCGACCGGAUGAAGAUGCGCAGUACGCAGAGACUCAUGAAAUCGACCUGGAUAAUGUUGGGUCGUUUCUAGCCAGGUAUCCCAAACCAGAUGACGUGGUGCCCGUUAGGGAUCAUGAGGGAAUGGCUUUGGACGGAUGCUUUAUUGGUGCCUGUACUACUGCUGAAGAAGAUCUCAUUCUCGGCGCGUUGGUCCUGGAACAAGGAUUAAACCGGGGAUUCAAACCGGUCGCUAAAGGAAAGAGAAAAGUUGUUCCUGGCUCACUGCCAAUCAUGCAUCGUCUUCGCCAUCUUGGCCUGCUUAGCAUAUAUGAGAGAGCAGGGUUUGAUAUCGGCGUUCCCGGAUGCAGCUACUGCGUGGGCAUGUCUGCUGAUCAGGCCGGGCCAGGUGAGGUUUGGCUAUCGUCCCAGAACCGAAACUUUGAAAACCGCAUGGGGAAAGGAUCUAUUGGACACCUUGGCUCUGCGGCCACAGUUGCCGCCUCGUCAUUUGAGAUGAAACUGAUCGAUCCUCACAAGCUAUUGAGUACCAUUGACCUAAACCAGUGGAAUCAUCUCAGAGGAACUUCAGUCUUUUUGGAUUCGCCGACUGUCAUCAACGAAAUGCAGUAUGUGGAGCCUCGGGAUUCCUUUCAAGUUACGGCCGAUGAAAAUGAAGUAGAGAGAGGUAUAUCUGCUCAAGAGAGCGUGGAGAUGGAUCAACGCCAAUCAUCUUCGGUCGCCAAAACUCUCACGGGCAAAAUUCAACAGCUGGGAGAUUUCGUCGAUACGGAUGCACUGGCUCCCGCUGAAUUUCUCGUAGGGAUGAGAAACAAUGAAAUCAGUGGAUCACACUGUUUGGAAUAUACUCAUCCCGAUUUCCGCAAUCGUGCCAAGAAUGGAUUCGACGUUGUCGUUGCCGGAAAGGGCUUCGGAUGUGGAUCGUCUCGCGAGCAAGCGGUCAUGGCUCUGUUGGGUUGUGGUGUGAAAUGUGUCAUUGCAAAAUCAUUCGCUUUCAUAUUUCAACGAAACAUGCCCAAUCUCGGCCUCUUAGGAAUAACUAUGGUUGACAAUUGUUUCUAUGAGGCUGCCAAAGACGGCGAAGAUAUUUCGAUUGAUUUCAAUGCAAGGUCAAUCUACGUUGGCGGACAGAAAUUUUAUUUCCAGCUCAGUCAAAUGGAAAAGGAGUUAUUUGACUAUGGUGGGAUUGCGUCUGCUUUUCAAAAAUUCGGCAAUAAACUAUUUGAUGUCAUGACUGCACCGAAGGGAUUGGAAAGCUCGGUGCGCAAAGCACAAGAAAAAGCGGCAACGCCGCACCCUGGCCUACAGUGGUAG